GACUUGCCGUGGCAAAGCUUUCUGCUCUGGGAUAUGGAAAUCAUAUACAAAUUAAUUUCCGUUCCGUGAGAGCUCGCUUCACUUUGAUUACUUGAACAUUAACCUGUGUAUUAGGAGCACUCACGAACAAGAUGGAUAUGCCAUUUCUGAAACUGCUAUCCUAUUUUCUGCUUCUCACCUUCUUGAAUUUCGCUUCUACUUCUGAAGUAGACAUCCCUGCUUACUAUGACCACAACUGCACAAGGAAUAAAAACUUCACUUCCAAUAGCCCCUACCAGUUCAACCUUAACACUCUUUUAAUUUCCUUCUAUUCCAUGGCCACCCGCACUAACACCACUCCUGAAUUCUACAACACCAGCGUUGGCAGCACAAGCAUGAACGACGCCGUAUAUGGAGAGUACAUGUGCCGAGGUGAUGUUCCCAGUCAGGUCUGUCGAGAUUGCGUUCAGGACGCCACAAAUAGAAUAGCCUCGAUGUGUCCCUACAACAAAGAGGCAAUCAUCUGGUACGAGCAGUGCUUCCUCCGCUAUUCCGACUGCUCUUUCUUCUCCACCCUCCAACAACAGCCUGCUCACAGCGUGCUAUCGAUCGAGUGUCGUGACUAUACUGCUAGAGAAUGCUACGGAUCCAUCCAAAUCGGAAAUGGAAGAGAUAAGACAUGCAAGGAAGCGAACAAGACAUUGAAUGAUGCGGUGGUGGAGGCAGCGACAUCAGGGCCCACAGGUACCAAGAAAUUCACAACAAAAGAAGCAAACUUGAGUACUGGGGAAUCGCUAUACGCUCUUGCAGAGUGCACGCCGGAUCUGUCCCCACAAUUCUGUGGUGAGUGUCUACAUGGCCUGAUAGAAGAUAUUCUGAAGGACGAGGACUGCGUGGGUGUUCGAUGGCAGAAUCCGAGCUGUUAUUUGGGACUCGAAAAAUACCAAUUUUAUUAUAAGGGCAACCAGCAUCCCUCCAUUGGUUCCACUUAUCCAGGGCUCGGAAGUCCUACUCUUGCAGACUGGAAUUGCUCGACCACCGAAAACAAUUUACUCAUAAUUAAAGUACAAUGA